AUGGUUACAGGCGGCAACAGCACGUUCAACGAAAGUACCGGAUCGUAUUACAUUCCUGGAAUUGCUGGGCAAGUAUCCCCACUGCUGUUCAACACCAUUCUUCCAGUUAUCUUCGGUAUCAUCUGCUUCUCUGGACUGAUCGGCAACGCUCUGGUUAUUUACGUGUUACUGCGACGGUCAAAAAUCAAAACAGUUGCCAACGUUUAUAUUCUUAACUUGGCCUCGGCGGAUUUCUUGUUCGUAGUCAUGUUACCGUUUCUUGCAUACACAAACUCUGGUAGCAAUUGGAUAAUGGGCGAGGCUGUUUGUAAACUAGUGCACGGUGUUGAUGGUUUGAAUAUGUUUGCAGGCAUUUUUACCCUCGUGGCACUAUCGUUUGACCGAUAUUUAGCAGUAGUCCAUGGUUUGAGGUCUAGGAAAUAUCGUACAAUAAAAGCGGCGCGGAUGACCUGUGUUUUGAUCUGGGUCCUAGCUUUCCUUGUUACAGUACCUCUCUGGGUGAGUGCCGUCACGAUAGAGUUCUACGGUAUCACGCUCUGCGAGGUGGCAGCACCUGAAUGGAUGCCACAGAGCGUAUUCAUCCAAUACGGUUUCGUCACAGGUUUCUGCGUUCCACUCGCUAUUAUCUCUGUCUGUUAUGCAAGCAUCGUUAUACACCUCACUCAACUCAACUGCCGUGACAACAUACUAAACAAAAGGCCACACAGAUCGCAUCGAGUAACCAUCAUGGUGCUUCUCGUUGUCUUGUUGUUCAUCGUGUGUUGGUUGCCGUUUUGGGUCGUACACAUCCUUCGACUUUUUGAAAGAUUCAAUAAUUAUAAUAUCACCAUGCCAUUUCUCAUCGCAUUCUACUUUAGUCUGUGUCUGAGCUACGCCAACAGUUGCUUGAACCCAAUUAUUUAUACUUACGCUGGGGAGAAUUUCAGAAGAAAUCUAGCUCUUCUUUGUCGAAGCCGUGAAAAGAAACACUUCCAUGUGAGUUCUCCGAACAAGAGGAUUGUGAUGACCACAACGUCAUCGAAGCGUUCAAGGUGUUAUUCGUCAACCACGGAAGACACACUUUUAUCGUCAUUCAAACGAUGCUCCUACAGAGUACCUUCUCGUACUUAUAAGAAAGGCAAUGUCACCAUCGACAGAACACGUUCAUAUUGCACAAACACAGUAUAA